UUAGAGGCACAUUGUAAAGCAAGCGGACAGUGAAGAGUAAGUAGAUCUGUGAUUUGCGCUUUACUGGUGUGAAAAAUCGCACUGAAGAUGGUGUCUUCCUACCCUUUACCGGAUGGUUUCUCAGACUUUGAUGUAUUCUCUUUGGGAUCUUGUCUGCUAGUGGAGGGUCUUCUGGGAUUCUUCCUGAAUGCUGUGACAGUCGCUGCUUUCCUCAAAAUAAGAGAACUGAGAACCCCCAGCAAUUUCCUAGUCUUGAGUUUGGCAUUGGCCGAUAUGGGCAUCUCUACGAAUGCAACCAUUGCUGCUUUCUCCAGUUUUCUGAGGUACUGGCCCUAUGGCUCUGAUGGCUGCCAGACUCAUGGCUUCCAGGGUUUCGUGACAGCUCUCGCCAGCAUCCACUUCAUUGCUGCCAUUGCAUGGGACAGAUACCACCAGUACUGCACAAGGACAAAGCUACAGUGGAGCAGUGCCAUCACUCUGGCUAUUUUCAUCUGGCUGUUCACCGCCUUCUGGUCAGCCAUGCCCCUCAUCGGCUGGGGAGAGUAUGACUACGAACCCCUCAGGACAUGCUGUACCCUGGACUACAGCAAAGGAGACAGCAACUAUACAUCCUACCUGAUCCCCAUGGCCAUUUUCAACAUGGCCAUCCAGACCUUUGUUGUCAUGUCCUCCUACCAGUCCAUCGGCCAGAAAUUCAAGAAGACUGGAAACCCCAGGUUUAACACUUCCACUCCCCUGAAGACAUUUUUGUUCUGCUGGGGACCCUAUGGAGUCCUUGCCUUCUACGCUGCUGUUGAGAAUGCCAACUUGGUCUCUCCCAAAAUUAGGAUGUUGGCUCCUAUUCUGGCAAAGACCUCUCCCACCUUCAACGUUUUCGUGUACGCCCUGGGCAAUGAGAACUACAGAGGAGGCAUCUGGCAGUUCCUCACUGGGGAAAAGACUGAAGUACCUCAAAUUGAGAACAAGUUCAAAUAAACUAAGCAUGUGAAAAUCACACACAAACUGUCCUCUUGGUUUUCCAAAAGGUACGAAUGUUGUUGUAGAUUCAUUAAAGUCACUGGACCUGGCCUUCUGUCUGUGUGUGUGUGUGUGUGUGUGUGUGUGUGUGGCAUUUUAGUCUGGGGUUAACAUGGAGUGUUGUGUUUGUUCUGGCAUUGGGAUAUAUUUAUGUUCAGCCUCUAGUUUAGGAUGAGCAGUAGACACACGCCAUGCCAGACUGGUGAAAAACUAUAUUAUUAGAUAUUGAUAUUAUAAAUUAUGACAUAUAAUGAUGAAUUCCUGUCCAGCUCAAAUAGCCAAGAACAUAAUUCUCUAAAUUGACUAAAAUACAUAUAUAUUUUUAACACUUCUUUAGUCGACAGGUAUAAUGCUUCAUCACUUUAUGAUGUCUUGUUAUCAUCUACAGACAAUUCCUUCGACCUCAUGGCUUGCUUUUUGCUCUGACAUGCACUGUCAACUGUGGGACCUUAUAUA